CUUCCUAGUUCUCUAGCGCGGGGCUGGGGCGGCCAGCCGUCAGUCCUGCAGCCGGCGAGCCGGGCGCGCAGCCGCUCACUUGCGCUGUGCCCGCCGGAGCCGAACCCGGUCCAGGCGGGAGCAGAGCGCGGAGCGGGGAUCGAGAAGCCGUGACGGAGCGAACGCGCGCCGUCGGCGCUGAGUCGGCACCUGAAGGACAUGGAGGAACGGCCGGCACAGACCAACGCCAUUGUGGACGACUCUGCGCCCCCCUCGGUGGCCCAGUUGGCUGGGCGGUUCAGGGAGCAGGCAGCCGCUGCAAAGGAGACACCAGCCAGUAAACCAACCAGAAGGAAACCGCCCUGCUCCCUCUCUCUGUUCCCCCCCAAGGUAGAGCUGGGCCAGAAUGGUGAGGAGAAGUCACUGCCCACUGCAAACCACCCUCCUAAAGUCAAAGUGAAGAGCUCACCUCUGAUUGAGAAACUUCAGGCCAAUUUAGCCUUUGAUCCAGCAGCCCUGCUUCCUGGGGCCUCUCCCAAGAGUCCUGGAUUCAAGGCCAUGGUGUCACCAUUUCACAGCCCGCCUUCUACCCCCAGCAGCCCUGGAGUGCGGUCUCGGCCCAGCGAACCAGAGGAGGUGCCCGUCAGCUUUGACCAACCUCCUGAAGGCAGUCAUCUGCCCUGUUACAAUAAGGUGCGGACAAGGGGCUCCAUAAAAAGGCGCCCUCCUUCCCGGAGAUUCCGGAGGUCCCAGUCAGACUGUGGGGAACUGGGGGAGUUCAGGGCCCUGGAGCCUUCCCAGGAGAAUGGUGCCAAGGAAGAGAACGGGGACGAAGUGUUCCCGGCCAAGAGCAAAGCCCCAGGAUCCCCUGCUCUGCGGAGGACGUCCAGCGGGGCAGGGAAGCUGGAGGAGAAGAGCAGAGCCGUGGGGGAAGCCCAGGAGCCGGAGAAGAUUGUGGGGGGCUCCGAGGAGGGGGCUGGCCAGCAUCCAGCCCAAGCCUCCAGCUCAGAGGUGGAGGAUGGGUGUGGAAGCCCCACAGAGGAGAGACCGGCUGGAGAGCAGACAGAAGAGCCUGCAGAGGUGAAGGAGAGGGUGGCCAGUGACGAGGAGGCACCUGGACAAAGCAGCCAAGACACAAAGGGGCUGGAGGAGGGAGCCGUAGAGGAGGAGACCCCUCAACCCCCUCCUGGAGGAGGGGCGGGCGGCCACAGCCCAGAGCAGGGGACCAGCGAGGAAAAGCAAGAUGAGGGGGCCAGCCUCAAGCCAGGCUGCCCCGACUCUGGCCACACCCAGCCGGACACCAGCGGCGAGGUCCCCAGGACAGAGGAUAACACCCCUGUCCAGGACACUAAACUGUGAAGAGCACAUCGUACCUAGUGAUGCAGCUGCUGGAGCCGUGUCUUUGAAAGUAGCAGCAAGGAUCAUCGUAGCAGCAAAGGAAGCCAUUGCAGGACACGAGGGGCUGAGGGGCUGAAGUCCGCCUGAAGACCCAGGGUGCCAUCCCCAACCUCCACACCGCUGCAGACGGGGAGGGCAUCUGAGGGCAGAAGACUCAUCAGUUUGUGUCACUUGAUGGACUGUUUUUGGUUUUGUUUUUUUGUUUGUUUUUUUUUUAAGAAAACUUAUUUAAAACAACUUGCUGUGGUGACAACUCCCCAGGGAUACUGGUCAACCUGUGGGGCCCAGAUCCACACCCACCUAUCCCUACAGCUGACCUCAGAACUGGACUGGCAUUUACCUAAUCAGAUUGUGUUUAUAUAAAGUGAUAGCCUUUUUAUUAUUCCUAAGUUUUCACAGGUCUCAAAUGGAAGUAAAAACUAAUUUCAGGUGGCUAGAAUCAAAGUAGGAUCACUGGAAAUAUACAUCCUGUAAGUUACAGAAGACCUGAAAUUGUACGGAGACCCUGAAACAACCUUUCAGCUUGGUCAAAUUUGACUGGUCAACCAAUUUUGAAAACACUGGACUAGAAGAGAUAAUUAUUGAAACAUUUAAAAAUAUGUGUCUGUUUCAGCAACAGGAGCUUUGAAAGUGAAAGCAAAGUCGCUCGGUCGUGUCAGACUCUCUGUGAUCCCAUGGACUGUAGCCUAUGAGGUUCCUCCAUCCAUAGAAUUUUAAUUUUCCAGGCAAGAGUACUGGAGUUGGUUGCUAUUUCCUUCUUCAGGGAAUCUUCCUGACCCAGGGAUUGAACCCGGGUCUCCAGCAUUGCAAGCAGACAGCUUUACUGUCUGAGCCACCAGGGCAGCUCCCCAUUUGGAGCUAUCCCAUCUGGUAAUUUACCAGGAGCUUUCCCAUCUGGUGAUUCUCUAGUUGGGAGUUUUCAGCUCAGGACAAGGAGGCAGAGGCAGGCAGCGCCUCCUUUGGGGAGGCAGAAUGUCAAGAGGUUUCACAGGUCUGCACUUCAUUUCCUCUUCCUGAAAGAAGAGCAGUGAUACCUGAGCAGUUCCUGCCCUCUGGUUUAUCCUGGGAAGAUGAAAUUUGUGCUUCCAGUAGGGGAGCCACGAGCCUGAAUUAGCUAUCUCCUGGGAAGUGCACUGGGCAUCAUGAUGUGCAACCCACAUAAUAAGGACAUCCUUCCCUGACUUGAAUGGAAACCCAGGGUCUCCUCCCUGACUCAGGAGGGAUGGAGUGGGUCUUUGGUCUGUUCUCCCUGAAUAGCUCUUGCUUUAACGUUCUGUUAAGAGAGUGCAGGAAGCUUCGCUAGGAACAGGGGGCCUGACUACCCUUUUCUUAACAUACCCUCUUCCCCCUUCACACACUCCUGCUGAAAGAUGCUCAUCCAAAUAAAAUUUUAAUCUUUAGUGUUGCUCCUUACUCAGAUUUAUUUCAGUAUCUCAACAUGCAGACUUGGUAGUUGGAGCAGUUGUUUUUCUGGAGGUCUCUUAGACCAUACUCGAUCUACUCUGACUUCAAAAAGUAGUUUCCCAGACUAAAAGGCCUUAUCUCACCACUGGUACCUCAGUUUUUAUCACCUCAUUACAGUUUUUCUAACUCCAGAAUAGUAUUAAUAUUUGAUAUAUACAUUUUUUCAAAAGCUAUUUUUAAAUUGAAUGUAGCUUCUAAAUCUUGUAAUCUAGUGAAGACUGAUACUAUAAUAAGUUUUGUAUUUUAGCAGAGUUUGGGAGAUAUGUGUGUCAGUUAUUUUGAGAUCUAUAUACUAUCUAUCAUCUGUCUAUCUACCUAUCUAAUCUCUUGACAGAGAUGUAUACCCCCUAAACAAUACAUGGAUUUAUUUA